AUGGACGUAAAAUAUGAAAUUAAAACUUCGGAGAAACGGGGCAGGUACCUCGUCGCCGCUAAGGAUUUGAGAGCUGGUGAGAGGAUUCUGACUGAUCAACCGUUUGUGUUAGGGCCGAGUAGUGACACUUCUUUAUUAUGUUUCAAUUGUUAUCUGCCACUGAUCAACAAGUUCUUUGUAUGUAAAUUCUGCGCGGUCGCACCGAUAUGUCCUGGCGAUGGAUGCCCCGAGGGAAUCGCUAAGUGGCAUACAAAAAGUGAGUGUGAUUUCUACAGAGAAUUAAAAUUGAACGAUGGGUUGAACCCCAUGAGAAUGGUGCAAAAUGUCGGUUCGUUAUUGGCUUUGCGAGCGUUUCUGCAAAAACGGAGCAAUACGAAGGGUUGGGAGGAAUUCAUUAAACUAGAAACGCACUUGGAUCAGAGGAGGAAUAGCAGCGUGUGGGAAUAUUAUCAAAACACAGUUAAUUUUUUAGACUCCCUAAAACUUCUAGAAGGACCAGAAGAUAAGACCUUAGUUCAAAAAGUAUGUGCUGUGAUCGACGUAAAUAGCUUCGAAGUUCGUGGACCGCCAAUAUCCGGAUUAGGUUACGCGGAAACCCUUAGGGGAGUGUAUAUGCAAGCUGCGCUUCUAGAGCAUGACUGCAUAGGAAAUACGAUAAUAUCCAUCAACGAUAACAACGUGCUACUAUGUCAUGCCAGCACGGAUAUUAAGAAAGGAGAAAUGAUAUUUUAUAACUACACAGAUCCCUUAAAGGGAACAGCGUUAAGACAAGAACACUUAGUCCUGGGUAAAUAUUUCGAAUGCACAUGCAAACGGUGCACAGAUGUGACAGAGUUAGGCACUCACAUGAGUUCCGCUCUGUGCCCCGCAUGUAAAACUGGCUUCGUUACAAAGAGGCUGGAUAAAUGGGAAUGCCAUACUUGCAAGAAGGAAGCAGACGAUUCCGUUGUUGGAUUUAAAGUCAAAUGUUGCUCGGAUAAGCUAGAUGUUAUAAACAAAAAAGACGAAAAAGAACUCGAGGAGUACAUAAGAAAUGUGUCUCUAGUGCUAGCUCCCAAUCAUUACUUGCUUAUAGACGCGAAACAGCGUUUAGCGGGCGUUCUACGGGAUGCCAUAAGCAGAGAGCCACGACCUACGAAGAAAAUGAUGCGUCGUAAAGUAGAUCUUUGCCAAGAAUUGUUGCCAGUGCUUGAAGUUCUUAGUCCUGGUAUAAGUAGAACUAAAGCUAUAACAAUGUAUGAACUACAUUUGGGGAUAGUGCAAUUGGCAAAGAAAAUGUUUGACGCCAGAGAUAUUACAGCGCCAAAAUAUUUAGAUGAAUUACUUAGUGCUGAGAAAUACCUCAAAAGCUCAUUGGAAAUGUUACUGAUUGAGCCCGGAAAUUCCCCGGAAGUGAGCGUGCACUUUGAUUUUUGGAGUCCCGCCAUCGCAAUGGCUGAUCAAUCGUCAGUUUUGGCUCUGUUUAUUCUGGCGGUGGGGAUCACUGUUCACUUUUCAUUACAUAAAGUUGAAGAAGGACACCUUGCUGUUUAUUAUCGUGGAGGUGCAUUACUCCCCAUAACAAGUCAACCUGGAUUCCACAUGAUGAUUCCCUUAUUGACCUCAUAUAAAGCAAUUCAGACAACACUGCAAACUGACGAAGUGAAAAAUGUUCCCUGUGGCACAAGUGGUGGUGUUAUGAUAUACUUUGAAAGAAUAGAAGUUGUGAACAAGUUGGAACCUGGUAGUGUUUUAGAUGUUGUUCGUAACUUCACUGCUGAUUAUGACAAGACUUUAAUUUUCAACAAAGUUCAUCAUGAGUUGAAUCAGUUCUGCAGUGCACACACCUUGCAUGAGGUGUAUAUUGAUCUCUUUGACCAAAUUGAUGAAAAUCUAAGGACAGCCUUGCAAAGUGAUCUCAAUGAAAUGGCACCUGGUCUAAAAGUUCAAGCUGUAAGAGUCACAAAGCCAAAGAUACCAGAAGCGAUCAGAAAAAACUAUGAAUUGAUGGAAGCAGAAAAGUCUAAACUAUUAAUCGCAGCCCAGCAUCAAAAGGUUGUGGAAAAGGAGGCUGAAACUGCACGCCGGAAAGCAUUAAUUGAGGCAGAGAAGGAAGCUCAAGUUGCUAAAAUACAAUAUGACCAGAAGAUUAUGGAGAAGGAAUCACUGCAAAAGAUUGAACUCAUUGAAGAUAGCAUUCAUAAAGCUAAACAACAAACAAAAGCAGAGGCAGACUAUUACAAUUUAAAGAAACAAGCUGAAGCUAACAAGCUUUUGUUGACUAGAGAAUAUUUGGAGCUGAAGAAAUAUGAAGCUCUCGCAUUGAAUAAUAAAAUUUACUUUGGUAGUGAUAUACCUAACAUGUUUUUGCAAGCAAGUGUUGGGGAUACUGCUAUACCUAAAAAUAUAGUUGAAUGA